GUUGAUCAGUUGAUCUGCCUCACCCCGUGGCAUCUGAUUUCAUUCUAUUGUUUUAAUUUGAGUUAUGUGAAGUGUGCUCUCGUCCACCUGGUGACACAUAAGUCAGGACAAAAAAUUUCAUGUAGAAAGUUAUUUUUUGUCCCAAAAUGGCUCAAAACAGUAAAGUGGGCGGAAUAUCCGCCCAAACUUUUUCCUGUCAUGAAACCCGAUUACUGCGGAAUAAAAAACGUGGAAUAAAGAGACGAGUUCAACUCUUAUUAUGGAGCGUUUUGAUGGCAUAUUUCUCAAUGACGGCAGUUUCCACCCAAUCAACAAUAUCCCCCACUUCCAGUUUCAGCACAUCUAUUGAUCGUUCCAACUUUACCACAAGAUCGUCCACCCUGCAACCAGAUCCAACGACACAGACAUCACCCACGUCUCCAUCGGAGGAUUGCACCCCGCCGUCCAUUGACGACUUUCCUUCUGACCUGUUUACCCAAUCAGAACGGCGUCAUGGCUGGAUUGCUGUUCACUUUGUCGUCAGUGUCUACGUGUUUUACGCUCUGGCUUUGGUUUGCGACGAGUAUUUCGUGCCAAGCAUCGAAUGCAUAUGUACUGGAAUGCAUUUACCCAGCGAUGUGGCCGGAGCCUCAUUCAUGGCCAUUGCGACUUCAUCCCCAGAAUUGUUCACGAAUGUGAUUGGCACCUUUAUUACGAAGGGUGACAUCGGGGUUGGGACAAUAGUUGGAAGUGCAGUGUUCAACAUUUUGGCGAUUGCGGGAAUUUGUGGAAUGGCUGCUCAAACUGCACUCCCAUUAGAGUGGUAUCCGCUAACGCGAGACUGCUUUUUCUACUCCAUAUCUGUCAUACUACUAAUUGUGGCUCUUACAAAUAGAAAGGUCUUUUGGUACGAGGCCUUAGUGCUUGUUGUCGUCUAUGUAAUAUACAUUUUCGUCAUGUACAAGAACACGGCUCUCAAAAAGAAAGCAGAGGAGCUCGUUGACAAGGUGUCGAAGGGUUGUUGUGGCAAGACUAGCGAUCCGUACGACACGGAAGUGCUCAUAAAGAAGAAAAAAUCUCGGGGGUCAAGUCGUCGAACUUCAUUUGUCGCCGAACUCACAGCAUCCACCGAAAGGACGCCCCUAAUUGGAGGCGACGAAGAAGGCGCUCGAAGUCGACAUUUAAGCUUCAGCCAAAGUUAUGAGCGUUUAGCGAAGGCUGGUCGGGGAGACGAUAUCUCUGCAGAAGCACUGGAUGAACUCUUGAUCGCAAAAGCAUUGCAGGAGCAGGAAGAAGAGGAGAAAGACGAAUGGGCCGUGUUUUCCAUUCCGAAGGGGGCGUCCUUGUGGAUAAUUUUCCUCUGGGCGGUAACCUGGCCGGCUCGUUUCUUCCUUCGAAUAACUGUGCCGGAUUGUCGUGAAGGAAACUGGCGUUCUUGGUACAUGGCGACCUUCCUCAUGUGCAUUGUUUGGAUCGCAUCGCUGUCGUAUCUGAUUUCAUGGAUGAUGACGAUAAUAGGUCACACGCUCGGAAUUCCAGACAGUGUGAUGGGACUAACUUUUCUGGCUGCCGGUACUUCAAUCCCAGAGGCCGUGAGUUCGGUUAUUGUUGCCAGACAAGGGCUCGGCACCAUGAGCAUUUCCAACUCUAUUGGCUCCAAUACGUUUGAUAUUUUGGUUUGUCUCGGUCUUCCCUGGUUGAUCAAAGGCUCCCUCAUUGCUUCGGACCCUGUGCAGAACUACAUCCAGAUAAAUUCAGGGGGCUUGGAAUACUCGGCCAUGAUUCUGAUGGUAUCUCUGAUCCUUCUCUAUGGGACUCUGGCAGUCAACAAGUUUUAUCUGGAUAAGAAAGUGGGCUUUGCAGCUUUAGCAAUGUAUGCAGCGUUCCUCGUCUUUGCCUCAUUAUUGGAGAUGAACGUCUUCGUGACGGUGAAUCUGCCCACGUGUGAGAUAUUUGAAGAAUAGAUUGACCUUUAUAUAUUUAAUCUUAAGCUAAAUAUUUAAGAAAUAUUCCGUUUAUGUUAAAUGUUUAGUACUGAAUUUUAUCGAAAGAUACGGAAAAUGUAAAAAUAUGCACAUUUUAUAAAUACAUUAAAUGUUUUACUACGUAAUAAAUACUACUGGAUUUUAAAAUCUA